GGUCACGACGUUGCUAUACUCACUAUUCCCGAGAACUUGUUAUCUCUUAUCAAUAUGAUACAUCAUUACCUUACAAGCACCGUGAUAAACGUUUAUUCGCGAUAAAACGAUUUAUAUUACUCAAACAAAUUAACUUUUAAUAAUGUUCAUAGGAAAUCUCUUUAAAAUAGAGAUUUGUGAUUUAGUAAGAUGAGGUGCUUUUUGAUUUUUUUCUUUGUGUACACAGUUAGUUGUGAACUUUGUUCUCGUGACGAAAGAUUAAAUAUAACCGAGGGUGUGAAGUUUGAAAAUGAAUCUAUUUUAUUCGAGGAUGUAGAAUAUGUGAAGGGAAAUUGGUUCGAAUUAGAAGAUGGUACAUUUGGUUGUCCCUGUAUUGGGCGUACAUGUUUGUGGAAAUGCUGUGGAGCCGGUCAGGCAUAUGUCAACAGAUCCUGUACGGAUGUGAUCAUGACGGAAGUGAAUCCUUUUAAUCCACCUGUUCAUAAAGGGGCGGAGGCAAUAAGUAUCAACGCAUCGGCCCAAUUCUUUUACAAGUACACGCUGUCUUGUGCAAAAUACCUAGUUGGUGCAAGAGCUAACGAGUUUAUUUAUAUACAGAAGAACGGGACAUUAUAUGAGAUAGCAGAUGACAGGCCUCAGUGGCAUCCACCUGCAAGAUACUGUGUUGAAAUGUGGCAGGACGCUACUCAUAUAGAGCCGAUAUUGGUGGCGGGUGUGUGCUACCCUGACGACCCCCAACAGGAUGUUGACAGUCCUGCGCUUUUUAUCGCUUAUAGUAUAGGUCUAAUGAUAUCAAUUCCGUUCCUGUUGGCAACAUUCCUGGUGUACGCGUUCAUCCCGGAGUUACGGAAUCUACAUGGCCUAUGUCUUAUGGCGUACUGCGGUGGACUAAUAAUUGCCUAUUCCUUCCUGUCUUACUUGAAACUGCACUUUGGGAAGAUUGGCGUUGAUAUGACCGGAUGUUAUAUAAUAGCGUUCAUCGUCUACUACACUUUUCAAACGAGUUUUUUCUGGCUUAACAUCAUGUGUAUCGAUAUAUGGAGAACUUUUAGCCAUGGCUACAGGGGUACCUCGAACAAACGUCGGGAGAAGAAGCGAUUUGCCUUAUAUGGGUUGUAUGCUUGGGGGGUACCAGCAGUCCUCACAGCGAUAACAAUUGCUAUGCAGUACAGUGAGAACCUGCCUGCAGGUGUGAUAACACCUGGAUUUGGAACGCAGAGAUGCUGGUUUGCUGAUUGGAUGAGCGAAUUGGUGUACUUUUUCAUUCCCGUGUUUUUGCUUGUAAUUUGCAAUGUUGUGCUCUUCACAAUUACGGCAUAUCGCAUUCGUUCGAUUCGUCAGGAAACUGCUAUAUUAAAAGGUGCCGAGUCAUCGCGAAGUGACAAAUUGAAAAAAGAUAAACAAAGAUAUGGGCUUUAUUUAAAACUCUUUGUGGUGAUGGGCGUGAAUUGGUCCGUGGAAGUGAUAAGCUUCGCUGUGGGCGGUUCCAACUGGUAUUGGGUACUGAUAGAUUUAUCUAACAUCGCCCUUGGCAUCUACAUAUUCUUCAUAUUCGUGUGGAAGAACAAGGUUCGCAACCUUGUUACUAAGAAGUGGCAGAGGCUCCGAGGAGUUCGUAUGCCGGAGACAAGCACAGGACGGUGGAUGUCCAGCUCGGCACAAACAGAGGACACUAGGAUCUCGCACGACGAAACUGGUAUACGACUUAAGGAUCUCCGUUGAUUUCUUCUACAGUAAUGCACCUACGUUCGAAUUAGAACAGCCAUCACUCUAAGUUUAAGAUUUUACGCUUUUACUUAUAAAAAAGUAAGUUGAAUUGUGUUAUUUUAAUUAAAAUACUUUUUCGUUUCUAGUUAUCGAAUUGUGACAAACAGAGUAAUUUAGUUGACUCAGUGAAGUACUAGUCGUGGUUGUAAGCGAUUUUCUUAGUUAACAUAAUGAACAAAAUAGCAUUUAUAGCUCUAAGCAUAAUUAUAAUGGAGUUAGUUUUCUUAUAUUUGAGAGUUGAGAUUCACGGAGGAAAAUAUAUUUAUGUGAGUAAAUUGUCAAAAUGACAAGUUUGUUGUCAAAAGGACGUGUUUCGUACACGGUAAAAACAACAUUUAGAUAAGUUCAAUGACAGUCAAUUCUACGAAAGACUAGGCGGUAUGGUCGAAAGACUACCAUGGGGGAAAAAAUAAAAAAUUAAUGAAUGAGUCAGCGCUCGCAACUUUAUUCUGUACAUAUAACAUCAAAAUUAAAUAUUAACACCAUUAUCUGUCUUUUAGACUUUACAUAAUUUGUUAAGAUGUAUUUAGAUUAAUGAUUAUUAUGUAUUGCCUAAUCUAAGAUGUGCGUUUAUUUCUUUAAUUAUGCGCUUAUGGUUAUGAAUGUUAGGCAUUUUAUGUAGGUAUGUAAUAAUUGUUUUAUUGUACCCACCUACGUACUAAAUAUCGUUAAUCUAUAAGUAUUGUUAAUACUAAAGAAAAAAAUAAAAAAAAAUAAAAUCACUAAAUGUAUUAUCACUCGCUUCGUGUUCUACUAGACUGAUUGUUAUUUCGAAGAUUACUGUUUGUAAUCUCUUGUUAUGUUCACGCCUUAGACCAGAGUAUUUUAUGGCAAGUUGGACAAGCGAUACAAAAGUUUAUUGUAAACAUUAAGCUGUGAUGUUUACUUAACAAUUAAUACUUUGGUUUAGGAUACAACGUGAGCUGUUAAAAUAAAUCAUCAAUGUGCGACAUACCAACGAAAUAGAUAAAUAAGAGUAGAAGGCACAACAAACACGCUGCAAAUGUAAGAACCAAAAGUUCUCGGGUACUUUCGCCUAAAACCUCUUAUUUAUGUGUUUCGUGGCAAAUGAAGUUAAAUUAUACAUGGUCAUUCACGUCUUUAUUACCUAAUAAAUUGCUUUAAUGUU